CCCACAAGCCACCAAACAUAUACAACUGGAAGAAAAAACUUUCAACUACAUCCAUAACGAAGCCAUCCUCAAGUGGUCUAUCUUGGAUCCAGUCCACCUCCAAAGUCCAAACCAAACAACACGUUGUGGAAGUAAAAACUGAUGGCUCCUAUUAAAAUAUACCUUUAAGGAGGCCAUAACAAGCCAUGAAAGCUUGCCUAAAAAUAGCACGAAAGCAAUAAGAGCGAGAGCCUGGUGUCAGCUUCCUCCGGCUUCCUCCGUGAGAAAGGUGGCGUUGUCCAGCUAAACGAUCAAGAGUUAGCGAUAUCAGAAGACAGGGUUCAAGAUGAAGUCUUCUAGGAACUUCAGCCGAGUCGAGCCCCAGAAGCUCGGUGUAGGACUGUUUGUUGGAUGCUUUGUGGCCUUGAUAUUCUACAUUUCCAUGUCUGAUCCUGUUGUGAUUCCUUUCCUUAAUGCUGAUUCCCGGUUAACAUCAAUAUAUGGAGUUCAUAAAACUCCAGUGGUGGAAGACAAGAUGAGCUCUCGAGAAUCAGGACCGGGAAAAGCCAGACAGGAGCACAAGCCAAGCUGCAGUUCUUCAGACCCGAGAUCAAAUCUCUGCAACAAAAAUGAUGUAACGAGAACGCAAUCGAACUCGUUACCUGCAAAAAGUGAUCCUCCCUCUGGAAGACAAGAUGCAAGGAAUAUUCAAAAACUAGGGAGCGAAAACAGGAUAGAGGAUCGACAUGAAAAGCAUGGUGAUUAUAAGGUCCCCGACAAAAAUUCAUCUCCUACAAUUGGUGAUCCAAUGAAGAAAGAGGUCAUCAUCAACCCCAAGCAACUCGGUGGAAGAAGAGAGAAUGUGGAGCCUCAAAAGAAGCCGAUUUGUGAUUUUUCUGAACAGAGAUCUGAUGUCUGCGAAGCGAACGGUGAUGUUAGAAUCCAUGGAAAGUCCUCCUCUGUGGUGUUUGUUACUUCGAACCAAAGAGACAAUCCGGAAUCAAAUCAAUCAUGGCAGAUUAAAGCUUAUGCUCGCAAAGGAGACCGCAGCUUAAUGGCAAAUAUCAAGGAGGUCUCCGUCAAAUUAUCGAACGGUCUUGAAGCUCCUCGGUGCACGGUUUAUCAUAACGUACCUGGCAUCGUGUUCUUCAAUGGUGGCUACAACGGAAACUACUACCAUGACUUCAAUGACGUGCUGAUUCCUCUGUUCAUAACUUCGAGACAAUUUGAUGGAGAAGUUCAACUCCUCAUAAACCACAUGCACCUUUGGUGGGUCAACAAGUAUCGCCUGAUUCUCAACAAGCUCUCGAGAUAUGAAAUUAUAGAUUUCGACAACGAUGAUCGAGUGCAUUGCUACCCGCAUGCGAUCGUUGGCCUCCACAGCCACAAGGAUUUGAGCAUCGACCCCUCGAGAGCUCCAAAUGGGUACUCCAUGUCGGACUUCUCAGAAUUCUUGAGGAGUGCUUAUUCGCUCAAGAAAGAUCUAGCAAUAAAGGUGGCAGAGCUUCCGGAAAGGAAGCCUAGGCUGCUGGUCAUAUCAAGGGGAUUGACUCGAAGAUUCGCCAAUCUGGAAGAGAUCGUUCAGAAGGCCACAGAGUUGGGCUACGAGGUGGUGGUUGCAGAGGCCAGAUUCGAGUCGAACGUCGCUCAGUUUUCGCAAAUUGUGAACUCAUGUGAUGUGAUGAUGGGAGUGCAUGGGGCUGGGCUCACCAAUCUCAUUUUCCUUCCAACGAAUGCGGUGUUGAUCCAAAUAGUCCCUUUUGGAGGGUUGGAAGCGAUAGCUAAGAUUGACUAUGGGGACCCUUCCAAGGACAGGAAGCUGAAGUACUUGGAAUACAGUAUCAGUGAAGAGGAGAGCACUCUGAUAGAUCUGUAUCCUAAGGACCACCCUGUGUUCAAGGACCCCAUGUCAGUUCACAAGCUUGGAUGGACAGCUAUGGGGGAAAUAUACCUAUAUAAGCAAAAUGUGAAGCUUGAUAUGGAGAGGUUUAAACCUGUUCUCUUGAAAGCCCUUGAGCUCCUCCAUCAAUAGUAGAGGAAAGUUGGAGCUUUACUAUAUCUUCUUCCGGUUGAUUUUUCACCACAAAUUUGUCCCAAAGGAGAAGGUUGACUAGAAGGGAAGUUUUAGAAGGGACAAAGCUUGUAAAUUGCAUCAGGAGUGAACGUGGACCAUCUUUAACUACACCAAAGAUGGGUGUCUACUUCACUUAUUUCUGAUCAAUAAGAAAUGUAUUGCUACAUUCUCAAUUUCAACUUUGGUUUCUCGUUUCAUCAGA